UUGAGCCAUUGAUAAGUCACUAGAAGGCAUUUUUAACCAUCUCAGUCCUUGAUAAUGAAAAUUCUUUUUCUUUCAUUCUCCAAUCUAAAUGCAUGAGAAUUGAGCCGUUGUGAUGCUUUUUCGAGGCCUGAUUCAGCCCAGAUUACGGCAUGACGGCCUGUUAUUGUCUUAAUCCACUAUUGCCCAUAACAAAUGAAUAUUACCGAGGAAGUCCCUUAUCAAUGGCCUUUUAUAUUUUUAGCAAACAGAGAAAAACCUCUCGGUUAAAAACUCAGAAACCCUGCGAAGAGAAAGCAAAACCGCCUGAACGCUCUGCACCAGAACUACCUAACUCAUGUCGCAUGCACUUCAACUUGUUUCCAAUAACAUCCUUGGUUAUGGACCAACAGAUUGCAGAUAUCUCUCCUGUUCAGGUAUUUCUGGAGGAGCAGUGACUGUGUCUCGUUGCUUUUCACAUAGUGACCACAGAAUUUGUUCACAUGUGAAGAUUAGAUCUUUGAAAUGUGGUUCCAGGGGAAUAUCUUUUGUGUGCAGAGCAGGUUCUGGUGAUCACUGGAGAAAACCUGACAGCUCGAGGCAAAGGCAUGGGUUUCGAGGGAGGAAUAGGCAAAAUGAAGAAAGAGAGAAUUUUGAAACUCUAGAUGAAUCUGAAUUGUUAUCUUCAAAAAAUGGGCAAUUACUCUCCCUCUCUGGUUCCACAAAAUUUCAAGCCACUGCAGCCCCAGGUCCCAGAGAGAAGGAGAUUGUGCAGCUUUUCAGGAAGGUCCAAUCUAAACUUCGAGAAAGAGCUGGUGCUAAAGAAGACAAGAAAACUGGAGCUUUACAGGGAAAAGGUAAAGAGAGUGAAACAGUUGAUUGUCUCCUUAAGCUGUUGAGGAAACACUCAGUUGAACAAGGUAAGAAAAACAACAACAUUGGCAGCAGCAGCAGAGACCUGAAUUUGGAUCAUCCAGAAGUGAAUGGCUCUGCCAAUGAAGAUAAAAGCUCCAGCUUCUUUGAAUCAAAUGAUAGAGCGAGGAAUGAGGCCAAAGAAACUUAUGCCCCUACUUUAAGCAGACCAGCAUCAAAUUUCCAACGGAAGUCGCCUGUUCCACAAAUGAAAUAUCAGCCAAUUUAUUCUAGCGAGGAGACCAUCAAUUCUGUGACACAUGUCCAUUCAGAUAGGAAGAGAAAUUUGAGUUUGGCUGAGUCACCUCCUGCACCCGAUCUUGUGCCUGAAUUUGAGGAGGAACUAGAAUCUGAAACUGAGCCGGAGCUUGAGCCCGAGUUAAUCUAUCAAGAUCCUGAUGUGUUGGAUGAGUUGUCUGAGGAUGAAUCUUCUGCUGUUAAUGAGGAGGUGGGGGAACAGCAGAUCGGACAUGAAGAUUUGAAUGCAUUGAAGCUACCAGAACUCAGGCUACUUGCAAAGUCUCGUGGUUUGAAGGGAUUCUCCAAAAUGAAGAAGAGCGAUUUGGUGUUGUUGCUGAGUAGUAGCUCAGGCUAAUUAGUGAUGAAGCUAAAACGAAAGCUCACUUUCAUUUUGAUAGUUCUAAGCUACCCCUUUUUGUGCCAAUUUCAUAGUACUUAUCUUCUAUUACUAUUUAAACGUAUAACUGAGGUGCCAAAAAAUUCCUUCCAAGAGGCUUGGAAGCCAUGGAUGUUUAGAUAUAUUUCUGUCAAGUUAGCCCUUUGCAAUUUUUUGAAUGUCAUUGAUAAAUCAAUCUUCUUUUGUUCUGAACUCA